AUGCAUGAAACAAUUCCUCUUGCCAAAGGACUUAUUUGCAAUUCGAUUCUUGAAUUGGAUGAACAAAUCCUAAACGAAUUACGUCGACAAUCUGUACCUGGUUCAAAUAUACCUAUUCUAUUUGUAGCACCGCUUAUGUCCGAAGAUAUUGGCCAGAAGCAACAGGUGAGAAUUAAAAUUCGAUCUUACGAGGGAACCCCGAAUUGCCUCGCAAGUUACGACUCCGUAUUAUCAUUCAUAGUAGGCCUCGAUUGGAUUAAGAAAGCUUAA